GCGUUCUAAAAUGUGCUGGUGCUGACAAUGUACGAUGCAACCCUAUAUCAUAUGUCACGUGAACUAUAGAUUCUCUGUACUAUCAGUACUCAGUGUACAUACAUACAUUACAGAACGCACGUGAAGAGUUAAAUUUUCCACAAUCGAUUUCCGACUUUAUUUCUCGCAAUUCAGAGUAUUCAGACUUGGGUUAGUGUUGCAUCAUCCGACAUUGGACACCGCUAAAGUUUCUGAUGCUCGCCGUAUCCGACACCAUCUCUCGACUCCGGUGUCUCCAGUACUCCAGUUAGUCCGGUUGUAGGGGCGGGUGCCAAGGAAGAAGCAGAAGAAGCGUUUAUUUCGCGCCGCUCGGCGCUGUUCGACGUCGGACGCGAACGAUAAGAAAUGACGGCGAGGCGAGGCUGCGCGACACACGUAGCCGAUGGGGUUCGCGCGUGCGAUGCCUGUAUGUAACCGGCUCUCGCGAAUCUCUUGCGCUUUCUCGCCGGCUGGAAGUUAACGGACCGUAAACGGGCUGUGCUUAUCCUCUCGUGAUUCGACGAGCGAUCUGUGUGAACCUGUAUUCCAAAGUUUGCGUAGAAAAUGGAUUCUUUCGGAGGGGAUAGGGAGACUGGCAGGGAUGAGAAGAUCAUGAAACACAGUGUGGGCCGUGGCCAUCGCAUUUGGAUGCAGGAAAACAGUGGAGGACUCAGGCGACCACACGGCGCAUCAACCGCUAGUCAAUCCAGUACAAGAUCUGACUCUUCGACGUCUCCAGUGACGUCGCAACAUAGUCAGGAAGAAAAGAAAUUCGCACUAUCGCCGCAAGCUGCAGAAUUUGUUCCAAGAUCUAUGCUUCUUCAGUCCCAUUCGUCGCAGUCUCCCCCAUCAGAGCCCAACGUAUAUCUGUCUUCCCAACCUACUCACCAAUAUCCAAAGACUUCAAGAUCCGUACAAGACAGAAUCACAAGAGCUCGUGAAGAACCACCAAAAGAGUCUGUACCUCCGUUGUUUCGGGAUGACAGUAGUCUUGAAGAUGCUCUGGAGCAACAGUGCAAUAUACAAGACUUGGACAUAGGAAAUUACAAUGAUUAUAGAUACGAUCAGGAUGAUGAGGAGAAGCAGCAGAAUGAAAAGGAAGAAGCUUACAACUUUGAAACCUAUGAACAUCUCAACAACAUUAUCAACAUUUUAAUUAUGAAUCCUGCCGAGUUCACAAAUCUAGUUCCACCAUUCAUGGAUAAGCUUAGAUUGAGUGGGAACAUGCGCUGUCUGCAGAUGGUUGUGACAACCAUAAUCGAAUGGUCUAUUGCAGAAAGUAAUUUUCGAUAUAAUGGAGCUCGAUUGUGUAAAUAUUUCGAUACCAGCUUAGAAGAUUCCAAAGAGCUGUACACGUUUUCCAAAGAUCUAUUCAGGGACUUGUUGUGCUUCCAAUGUAAAUGGGAGACUGGAUUACUCGAAUCCGAAUGGCUUAAACAGCCCGAAGAGAAACGGGACCAACGGAAGUGUAAUGGAUUGAUAUUGUUUUUAGCAGAGUUGGUCGCUCAGAUGGAUGAAUCUUAUGCUUUCACUUUAGGGGAACUAUUAGUAUCGUUUAUUACUAGGGUACUGCAAAGACCAGCGUCGACCUCUGUCAAAUAUAUAUGCCAGGCGCUUAAACUGGCGGGCCACGUGUUGGAGAAGGAUAAGAGCAGAAGUAAAGACAUGGAAAAUAUGAUGCGGGCGCUAACGGAGCUUGUAAAUAACGGGCAGGUUGAUACGCACGUAGGAAAUAUGGUGAACAGCGUUCACGAAUUACGAAAGGAUUGGGGAAGAAGUACCAGUUGUGAUUCGUCUGGGACGAGCAAUUCAUUAUUUAACGACGUGCAGCGACAGUCUGACCAGUUGCGCACGUCUAAUUAUAAUUCUGUACCGUUGAAGAUACAGCAUCCGGUAUCGCAGAAAUUACAACUGAACCAACCGGUCAUGUACGGUCCUGACGGCCAGAUUCUGACCGCGGAGGAAAGUGACUUUCUUGAUGCACAUGCGAAAGCAGAUUUAGACGAAGGGACGUCCGAAGAAGAAGAUGAUAAUUACGACGAUGAAAUUGCGACUGCUUACGAAGAGUUCUUAAGAGAUUCCAAGUGCAAAUAAAAUUGAAGAUGAAGUGAAACACAUUCACGCACGAACAAGAUUAUACUCUGGCUCAAAUAUCUCGCUAUAAAUGCAAAUAUCUUGUUUAAAGGUUUUAUGAUUUUCAAAGAGAUAGAGAUUGGAUUCAACUACAUGACAUUAAAUAUCAUAUCUGUAUCACUAAAGGUAGGACAAAGCCAUUGCGUACGCCAUCGAGCUAUCGGACAAAAAUGCACCAAACACGAGCAAUUUUAAAUUUAUAAAGAUCCGCCAUGUACAUAAAUAGUAAUAUCGACAUGUGUAUGUAGCAUGCAGAGUGGUUCACUUUGAAAUGGAAUGCUUGAAUAAAUCCAUUGCAUUUGACGCGAAAAAGGUAUUGAGGACAAAGUAUAUAUUCGAAAAAAAAAAAA